CGAAGCUAAUCAAAUCAACAGAUAUUGAGUCAUCCAGGGACGACGGGGCGCGGGUCACGUCGUCGGUCACGGUCAGUCGCAGUAGCUGUCCAGAUUGUUCAUCAUGAGGCUGAGCAGGUUUACGGAGUUCGGCAGGAAGAUCAUAUGCGUGGGGAGGAAUUACAGGGACCAUGCCAUUGAACUCGGCAAUGAAGUUCCAGAGAAGCCCUUGCUGUUUAUGAAGCCUCCCACAGCCUACGUCACAGAGGGCAAUCCAAUUAAGAUUCCCCGCGGCUGUCAGGAGCUGCACCAUGAGGUGGAGCUGGGGGUGGUGGUGGGGCGCCGCGCCCGCGACCUGAACCCAGACACGGCCCUGGACGUGGUGGGCGGCUACGCGCUGGCCCUCGACAUGACCGCCCGAGACGUCCAGCGCGAGUCCCAGCGCAGGGGCCUGCCCUGGGAAACCGCUAAGGGCUUCGACACGGCCUGCCCCGUCAGCGCCUUCAUGCCGCGCGAGGCCGUCGCAGACCCGCAGGCGCUGACGCUCUGGUGCAAUGUGAACGGCAUCGAGCGCCAGCGUGGCUCGACCAGCGACAUGCUGUUCGGCGUGGCGGCUGUGCUCAGCCACGCCAGCGGCCUCUUCACCCUCGAGCCGGGCGAUUUGGUGCUCACCGGCACCCCGAAGGGUGUCGGCCCCGUCCAGGAGGGGGACGUCAUCGAAGCUGGCAUCGAGGGCCUCAUCACGAUGAGCUUCCGCGUCGAGCGCCAAGUCUGAUCGCGCUCGCUGGACGCUUACUGCCGACAUUGUCUGUUGAACCGUGCUGAGCUACAAAUACCAUAAAUACCUGUGCCUUUGUGAUCUAUUGAAUUGCACCAACGAGCUACAAAUACCAUAGUGAAGGUAAUGCACAUCGUACACCGCCUUUGCAAUGGACUUCCAUGGUGGUGCCUAUAACCGAUUGGUACAAGAUGUAUCUAAUUGCACCAGUGUGCUACAAAUACCAUUGCAAAGCUACACCAUACACUGCCUUCACAAUACAUGAUGUGUAUGACAUACGACGCAUGAUGGGCAUCACCUUGCACCUCAUACCUUUGGUGUGAGGUGUAUUAAAUUGUACCAUCGAGCUACAAAUAACAUUGCGAAUGUGAUGUACAUCUUACAGCACCUUUGCAAUGUAUGAUGGAUAUCCCCAUCACAAUGGUACUUGUAUUCAUUGGUGCGAGAUGUAUUGAAUCACAUUGAGCUACGAACUUUCGCUAAUGUGAUGUGCAUUGUGCAGUGCUUUUGCAAUGUACGAUGAAUGGAUGUAAGAUGGAAAUAACCUUCAUAAUGGUACGUAUAACCGAUUGGUGCGAGAUGUAUCUAAUCAUUGCGAAGGUGAUGUGCCUCAUACAUCGCCUUUGCAAUAUAUGAUGUAUGGAUGUAUUGCGUACGUCACCUUUACAAUGGUACUUGCAGCUCAUUGGUGCGAGAUGUAUUGGACUUGCAUAAACAAGCUACAAACACCAUCACAAAGGUGGCAUGCAUCGGCUUCACAAUGGUGUGUGCAGUUCAUUGGUCAAGAUAUAUGAUGUAUGUUAUGUAUGCAAUGUACACCUACUUGGAGGCCACUGGAAUAUGGGUGGUCAGGUUUGUUAAAAGGCAGCUGGAAUGUACGACAGAAAAGGGGUGUCUGGAUGCCACACUCGGAUUGUUUCGUUCAGUUUCAUGGGUCCUUGCUACGGAUUGGGCCAUUUGGAAAGUGAUCCCGAAUGCUUAGCUAUAUAUGCUGAAAGGUGGUAGUGCUUGAAAGCUUCCAGAUGGCAUUAGUUGGCACCCCCUCCUGAUAAUGAUAGUGUUUGUUAAUGCAAUCUCUUUUGGAUGAAAGCCUCGGGGAUCAAAUAACGUAGUCUUGGUAAGCACUGUUUACAGCCAUGGUUCUGCAUUUGUGGAGCUUUCGAUUUCUGUUUGAGUUUUUCCUGUUGUCUUUGCAAGAAACUGAACUCUUUGCACGUGUUGAUCAGAGUCUGAAUAUGUCUCACAGUUGUUUCUGUGCGCUCUUAUUUUGAAGUGACUUGGCUUUCUCAACUUUUACUGCUCAGAGGAAGAAAAGCCGUUCACUUGAUUAAAAUAGUAUAGCAAGAACAUGCAUUUAAGACAUUGAUUGGUCAUUCAGCUGUUUCAUAGUAUAUUUCAGGUGGCAAAGAAAUGCCCUUCAAUAAAAUCGAGAGUAAAUUCA